AUGACAAGUUAUUACAACCCCAGCUGCGAGCGGUAUAUUCAAAGGACAAAUGAUUCAACAUCUCACAGACUGAAAAAUGCUUACUGGACUACCAAACAAGCAGUUAUAAAGAAACUGCGUCGAAAGCAAGACGAAAAUAUUGUAGCUUCCGACUCCGAUCUCGACGCAAAGUUGGAGCUGUUAAAAUCUGUUCAGUUGACAUGUCGAGAUCUUGACAAUGUGUUGGCACGUUAUCAGAGAACGUUGUGCUAUCUGUCUCAGGCUGAAAAUGAAAUGGGACGAUUUCUAAAACAAUAUAGUUUAGAAGAUAAAACACAAGCUGGGAAGAUUAUGUCUGCUGUCGGAAAGGCGUUAAGUAGCUCAGCACAACAAAGACUUACUUUACUCAGUCCACUUGAUCGUGUUCAUCAAGAAGUCAAAACAUUCAGACAACAGGCAAUCAGUGAUACAACAAAUACAGUUAAAAUUAUGGAACAAGGUCGCACAGAAUAUCGAGGUGCAUUGUUAUGGAUGAAAAACGUAAGCGAAGAGUUGGACCCAGAUACAUACAAACAAUUGGAGAAGUUUCGGUGCGUUCAAGCACAGGUUCGUAAAGCAAAAGCAUCAUUCGAUCGCCUAAAAGUGGACAGUAUGCAAAAAAUAGAUCUGUUAGCAGCCAGUCGAUGUAAUAUGCUGAGUCAUGUACUUGUCGGCUAUCAGAAUACUUUGUUGACUUUUCUUGAAAAAACGUCUCAUAUGAUGGUAGCAGUAGCAGAAAGUUUCAGAGGUUACCAAUACUAUGAAUUUUCAAUUCUUCGGCAUUUGAGACCAGAAAGUCGUAAAUUGGCUGGAUAUAAGAGCGAUGAUGAGAAAGACAGCGAUAGGUUAGACAGUGGAUUUAACCAAGUUGAAUUAAGUGAUCCAGCAAUUAUGAAUUCUGAUGACAAUAACCAUGGAAUACAUCAAACAAAAUUAACAGAUGAAGAAGAAUUUGAUAAAAGAUUAGAUGAAAUUUUCCUAGAAAAUCAUUGUAAUAAUUUCGACUUUGAUUCAGAUCAAUUUAAAUCAUCAGGGAAUCAAACCAGUUUUGGUGGAACUGAAGACAACAAUAACAUUGGUGGUCUGAUUAAUGAAUCUAGUGAGCAAGUCCCUGCUGAUCAUAGAGAUUUGUUCACUGAUCUGUUUCUUAGUGAUGCAAAAGAUGAUAGAUUUGCUGGACACCUUUCUGGAGUGGAUACUCGUCCUUUCAAUUUCGGAAAUAAAGACGGAUUCACUAAUGAUUCGGAAGCUGUCUUUAGCGAUUUGAAUCAGCCUUGCCAAAACGCUGAUUUCGGACCGUUGCAGAGUGUAGGGUCAAAAGAUACACUCAGGACAUCAAUACUUCCUUCACACUUAUUAGAACAGGAAUUCCAAAAUUUAUUCAACCCAGGCACUUCCAAUUUAAUUGGUACUCAAUCGAUGAAGUCAUCUUUGGAGUGUACUAACGUGAAUACUUCUGCAUUUAGUAAUAAUAACAACCAAUCCGAACAACAGUUAAAAAAAAGUGAAAACUCUCUGGGUACCAUUUCAAAUGCCCCAAAGUCAUUAUCAUCCCAACAGCCCACAAAUCUAGAUGCUUGGUUAAAUCUGUUUUCUGAUAUUGGACCAAUCGGUAAUCCAGAUACAAUAUCGAAAAAGGCUGGUCAAGUCACGGAUGCCUAG